AUUGGAAGCUGGACUCUGUUUAUACGGCAAUGAUAUCAAUGAGGAUACUACACCGAUCGAAGCAGCUCUUACCUGGCUAGUAGCAAAACGACGAAGAGCUGAAGCGAAUUUUCCAGGCGCACAACGAAUUCUUGCGCAAAUUAAGACAGGCGUUACGAAGAAACGUAUCGGACUCUUACUGGGUCAAGGACCACCUGCCAGGCAAGGUGCAUCGAUAUUGACGCCGGAAGGCGAGCGUGUGGGCAGUGUUACUUCCGGUGGACCAAGUCCGACCUUGGGUCGGCCAAUCGCCAUGGGAUACCUACCACCGGAUUGGGCACACACCGGUGGCGGUGUGUUGAUCGAGAUUCGGGGAAAGACUUACAAAGCCACCGUAUCGAAGAUGCCUUUUGUGAAAGCGAAUUAUUACACCGCAAAAUGAUUUAUUUAUUAGCAAUGGAAAUUGAUCGAAUUGAGAAUUAUGAUAUUAUGUAACAACAGCGAAUUAGUUAUCAUUAUAGAAUAUGUAUAUAUAAUAUGUAAUAGCCUCUAUGAAUAAAUUUUAUAUAAGUAAUGUUUAUAUUCUGACACACAAAUUUUCAAAAUUUAUGCUUUACAUUAAUUUGCGUAUCGAUCUCUAAAUUAAUGAGUAAAUAUAUUGGUAAGAAAACCGAUUAUUAUUAAUAACAUUGUGUGUAUUGACGUGACAUUAUAUUUCUAAUGUAAUACUAAU